CGGACGUUAUUUACGGGAACACACCUUCUGACUGCUGAUUUGAGUUCUGAAGACGUGUACUUUCCGUACCGACAUAGCCGUCUAGUUUGACCAUUUGCUUUAUUGUUAUUUACAAUAUUACCUAUAUUUCGUUCACGUUGUUUGGAGAUAUUUGUUCUCCUGAUGGCGACGGUCGAGGAACUGAAGCUGCGGGUGAGAGAGUUGGAAAAUGAGUUGAUAAAGUGUAAGCAGAAGCAGUGUGCCGUGGAGGAUGCUCAAAGCCAGCGACUACACAGACCGAAGAUUGACAAAAUGAGCGCCGAGGUUGUGGAUUCCAACCCAUACAGUCGUCUAAUGGCUUUAAAGAGAAUGGGCAUCGUGCAAGAUUAUGAGAAAAUCCGGACAUUCACAGUCGCUGUGGUUGGUGUUGGGGGAGUUGGCAGUGUGACAGCUGAAAUGCUCACUAGAUGUGGCAUUGGUAAGUUGCUCCUCUUUGACUACGAUAAAGUAGAGCUGGCCAAUAUGAACAGACUGUUCUUCCAGCCUCACCAGGCAGGCCUCAGUAAAGUGGAAGCUGCAGAACACACACUCAGGAACAUCAACCCAGAUGUGUCAUUCGAAACCCACAACUACAAUAUCACCACAAUGGACAAUUUUACACAUUUUAUGGAGCGCAUCAGUUAUGGAGGGCUGGAAGAAGGGAAGCCGGUGGAUUUGAUCCUGAGCUGUGUGGACAACUAUGAGGCCAGAAUGGCUAUCAAUACAGCCUGUAAUGAACUCGGUCAGAUCUGGAUGGAGUCUGGUGUCAGUGAGAACGCUGUAUCAGGACACAUCCAGCUCAUCAUUCCCGGAGAGACGGCAUGCUUCGCUUGUGCUCCUCCUCUGGUGGUGGCAGCGAACAUAGAUGAGAAGACCCUAAAAAGAGACGGCGUGUGUGCUGCCAGCUUACCAACAACAAUGGGCGUGGUCGCAGGCCUCCUGGUGCAAAACGUCCUAAAGUUUCUGUUGAAGUUUGGAACCGUCAGUUAUUAUCUCGGCUACAACGCCAUGCAGGACUUCUUCCCCACCAUGGCCAUGAAACCCAACCCCCAGUGUACUGACCGCCACUGCGGGAGACAACAGGAAGAGUACAAGAAGAAAGAAGCGGAGUGCCCAAAGGUUGAAGCUGUACAGGAAGUGGAGGAGGAGGUCGUACACGAGGACAAUGAUUGGGGUAUUGAACUAGUAUCAGAAGUGACUGACGCAGAGUUACAGGCUGCUUCAGGCGCUGUGCCUGACCUCCCAGAAGGCAUUACCGUGGCUUACACCAUUCCAGUUGAGGAGACAGAACGUGGGGAGACAGUGGGGGAGACUGAACAGAGCCUAGAAGACCUGAUGGCUCGGAUGAAAAAGCUGUAGGCAACAAUCUGAAGAUGCUAUUCAGAGAAGACAUGCAGUUUCUCGUGCGUCUAUUCCAUUGGUUUAUUUGAUAACAAGCAUCCUCGUAAAAAAGCCAAUUAAUAAACAAUUACAGAGUUCAGCUAAAGAAUGGAAAUGCAUGAAAAGUGCUUCUGAUGACAUUUCACACAACACCAUUUGUAAAGUCCAGUCCAGUCAAAUUUAUAAUUUGCUGACAUACUAGGAAGGUGUUUAGCACUUGGAGUUGGUACGGUCUCUAAUGAAAUGUAUACAAAGAUAACAUUGUCACAAUGUGUAUUUUCUACAGUUUUGAUUAGUGAAUACGUUUUCUGCCUACCUUUGUGUCAUUCACUCAGCUUUAAAACAAACAUCUGCUGUAACAGAUUAAAACAUUUAAACAUG